ACCUCCAAGCUUGACAAGUCUACCGUGUGAGCAUUGUGUGACGAGAUGAAGCUUGCCGUUCUCACUGUCCUGGCCCUGGUUGGUCUGUGUGCUGGACUCAGACUUCCACCACCACCACCACCACCACCGCCACCACCCCCACCAGGAAAUUUUUCAACUCUACCUCCCCCACCAGGAAACUUCUCAACUCUACCCCCACCACCAGGAAAUUUCACAAAUCUACCUCCCCCACCAGGCAAUUUUUCAGGAGCCCCUCCACCACCACCCCCACCCCCACCACCACCACCAACCACUCUCGCUCCUCUCCAAGGUUGAGCAAACUUAGAAAAAUCGACCAACUUAUCGACACAAAUAUA